AUCUUUGCGGGAUGCUUUUUUUCUGAUCGUUUCCGUGUCGUUAGCGAAUCAGUGUCGGGUAACUGUGAAACCAUGCUGUACACAGGAGUUCAACAAACUCUGAAAUAGCUCAAAUAUUACUCCAAAAUACACUUGUAAGGUUGGCGUUCCCGCCGACAGAGCUGGCUAUCUGUUCAGAUAACAUUUUGAGUUUACAUCGGCUCUUCCGGGUGAGAAACAAAAGAUAGUCUUUCUGUUCGUAGCUGUGUUAGCAUGGAGGCUAACGGGGUGACGGCUAGCUUUGCAUCAGAAGAGCACCGAGUCCAAAAUCUGACCCAAGAGGAAGAGGAGGACCUGAAGCUGGCGUUAGCAAACAUGACAGUGGAAGACCUGCUGCAGAGGGCUCAGGCUGUGCAGACGGACAGCAACACGGGGGAGCUGGGCGUCAACACGGACCCGGACUGGGAGAGUCAGGUGGCGGCCAUGUUGGAGUACAGCGCCACGCUGACGGAGCAGUACACCAGUCUGAUGAAGAAGCAGGGCGAGGAGGAGCAGGCCAAGGAGAAGGAGAAACAGCAACUGCAGAAGAAGAAGGAGGAAGCAGUCCGCCAGCACCAGGCUCUUCUGGACAAACUGGAGUCUCUGCGAGUGAAACUGCAGCUGAACAACUCGAAGGCCACCAGGAAGAACUUCUUAGCAAAGAAACAGGAAAUGACCUCGGAGAAGAACAGAGCAGAGGAGGAGAGGAACAGGCUGGACAAGGAGCUGAACGAGAACGUGGUGAAGCUGAGCGCUCUGAAAAAGGAGCAGAGCGAGGAGCAGAGCAGGUGGCAGGAGGAGCUGGAGGAGCUGAGGCAGGAGAUGGAGCAGGUGAGGAGGGAGGCGCAGGAGGCCGACCUGCAGGCCUUAAAGGACGAGAUCGCUGCCGUGGAGAAGCAGAGAGACGUCGCCAUGGAGCGCAUCGAGGCCUGGCUGAAAGAGGUGGGGCAGUACCUGAACGGUCUCAGGGAGGAGUUUCCGCAGCAGUACCCCCACGAGAGGCAGAAGUGGGAGAAGAAGGAGGGGGUGGUGCGGAGGAGCCAGGCCGAGCUGCAGAGUCGGUUCCAGGAGGUUCUGCAGCAGCUGCAGCAGGGUCGAGAUCUAGAGUCGCUCCCCAGGAUCAACGUGCCGUCUCUGCCGCAGGUCCCCAUGGCCGACCUGAGGUUCAAUCAGGUGAUGCAGCCUCUGCACCACCCUCAGUUCAUGCCCUCGCCUCCUCCACACCCAAUGAACCGACCGCUCCCUCCUCAGAGACACCCACACUUCUUCCAGCAGCCGUACCACCAGCCCCCCCCCUACCACCCCCAGUACCGCUACCGCCACAACCACCCGCCACCCCCGCACCAUUUCCAGGCACCCCUCCCACCCCAGCACUACCCUCCCCCUCAGUUCCAGCCCCACAUCAGAGCUCAGAUGAGGGUGACGCCGCCUCCCAGCCUCUCCCCGUCUCCUCCCAUUCAGCCCGUGGCUCCUUCCCCGCCUCCCCCCGCGGCCGCCGCUCCGUCCUCCGCCCCCGCCGGCAAACUAGACAAAGUCCUGGAGAAGCUCGGUACUCGUUUCCCACAGUGCAACAGGGCUCAGCUGACGUCGCUGCUGCAGCAGGUUAAGAUCUCCCGGGGCACGUUGGCCGGCAUGUCCAUGGAGGAGGUCAUGGAGCAGGUCGGCGUGAAGCUGACCCAGAGCGAGAGGCCAGCUCCCGGUCCAAUCAGCCGGCCCACUCCGCCGGGCCCCAUCCAGAGACCGGCGUCCUCUCCUCAGCGGGGAGCGGCAGGCGGCGGUCAGAGCGUCGGGCCCCGCAAACUCUGCCUGAUGUGUCAGAACCUCGUGGAUCCAGACAGCCGCCACCCGCUCAGCUGCUCCCACAUCAUCCACAAAGACUGCAUCCGGGUGUGGCUGCAGUCCAGCAAGAACAACUCCUGCCCGUUCUGCCCCGCCAAGUGACGCGGAACACGGUGACACCUCCGCCUCCACUCGGACUCUGAUCAGUGCCAUUAAAAUAAUAUUACUUUGAUGUACUCACUGCUGCAUGUCUCAUCCUCAUUCAGGAACGAUGAACAGCGUUGUUCCACAUUUGAGAAGAUUUAUAUCUCCAUGUAUUUAACAGUUUAACCUGAGCCGAUCCUCUCCAAGCAUCGUUCUUUAUUUUGUCUGAUAUGUUUUAUUUUCCUGAACUAUGCCAAAUGAAAGCGUCUGAAAUCGCUUUUAAGUUUUUCAUUUUGAUGUUAAACAAAUAAAAAUACUUAUUAACUUC